AUGUCCGGGCGUCUAUCUUCCGACCAUUCUCGCUCCUUCUCGCAGUCUUCUCGGUCUCGAUCGGGACCGUCUCACGACCCUGAUUCAAUGCCUCACCCAUCUACUCCUGGCCGGUCAUCGAACCCCAAUGUAUUUUCAGACGAGUACUCUUUGGAAAAUUUAGAUUCGGAACAAGCGACCCUCACGCCUCGAAGUUUGUCGAUUUCAUCUGUCGCCUCAUCUCACACGCUUCGAUCAUCGCUACCCCAUCACCAGAAGCCAUACAAUACAUCCCCAAACGACGAUGAACUACUAGAGAAUCCGUUUCGGGAUGAAGCCCGGGUUUCAUUUGAAGAUGAUACCGCUAAUCGAUUUAGUCUGCCCCAGAAAGGGUUUGACCUAUCGUAUCGCAACUCAGUCAAUUCGAAUUCAACAGCGCCCUCGACCGCGCAGCGCAGUCAAAGCACAUCGUCUCGCUUUUCGAUACCACCUCGUGCUCUUAGUCCUUACACCGGAGCCACUGGGCCCAGUCACCCGUACGCGAUGUACCCGCAGGUCGGCGUUAGUCGCUCACCGAGUGUAGCCACUACUUCGACCAUUCGUCCAGUGGAUGGUCCCCUGACUGAGUCAAACGGCCCGCAACAUCCUUACGCGAUGUAUUCCCAGAAUGUUGUGGUGGAGGAAGGCUUGGAAGACCCAGUCAUACCUCUGGGCUUUCCAGGACACCUCCAAGAAGCAUACCAAAGACCACCCAAUCGUGCUGCUGACGACGUGGGUGAUCUGAUUGGACCAGAUGGGUAUACUGAACAACUCCCACCUUAUUCUCGUUACCCUGAGGGGACCUCCCCGAAGCUAGAAGCGACGACUGUUGUGCUCCCGGAAGCCCCAGCCCUCGCGGAUCAAGCCAAUGGUAACAACGAGCGAGAUGCUGCUACGUCGGACGUAUCGUCAGGAACCCUGGUUGUCGGAAAUCAACCGACCGCACGCGGGAGUGGAGCCCCAGACGAGCCACCACCAACCGGUGUUAUGGCCUUUGAAGAAAAGUUAAAGAGGAGGGGCAAGAAAAGAGUAUGUUGCGGGCUGCCGGUUUGGACAUUAAUUUUAAUAUCUGUCGUCAUGAUCGUUGGAGGAAGCAUUGGAGGAGCUAUUGGCGGUAUAUUAGGCGCCAAAAAGGCUGCGGAAGAGGCGACCUCUUCCGCAACUCCAACUGUCAUUACCUCGACGGUCCCUCCUCGAACAGAUGCAACCCCACUAUCGACCCCUCCGCACGGCCUGCCAGAUCUCAGUGUAGGCACCUUUGCCAUUCCAGCCGCACCAAAAAAUCAGUCGAAGUUUUGUAUUGAAGAUCAGGAACAAACUCCGUCAUGGGGUUGCUAUAAUCAGAAGCCUAUCCCAAUCAAAAUUGGCGGUGAUGAAGAUGACAGGACAAUCGACUUUUACAGCGAUCCGUUACCCAAAACAUUGACGUAUGGUGCACAGGCACCGUUUUUCACAGAACCUUCAAUGCCGCUCAAACUAGUGAUGGAUACGACAGACCUCAGUCUUGGACCCGCUCUGUCUUUUUUCACGUUCUUUGACAAACUAGUGGUGGUCCCGGAAGAUACAUUUUCGUCGUCCGAUGUAUCGAAGCGGUCUGUUUCAGAAAAUGAUGUACUCGCCGGCAUACAUCGUAAACGCUCAAGUGACAUCGGAGACCGACCGUGGUUCUGCUGGUGGAAUGGCACAUCUAUGGAAUUUUUCCUUUACCUUAACCAGACAACCAGAGACUGGCGGUCUGAUCACGACUCGGCCACCAAAACUUCCUCAAAGGAUUCUCCGACACGGCGAUCAGAUGCUCCACUGCCAAAUUAUGAUCGCAGGAUUAAAAUUGACGAAAAGCGAGAUAACGCGGACGCCCAAUCCCCGUACUGCCAGCAAAUGCAAGUCAUGCGCGACGGCUCAAUUGAGUCGGUAUCCACCGAUACGAUUGGAAUCAGCGUGAAUGAACCGACGGCGACAACCACGGUCAAGGGCUCUGGAGGCGCAACUCAAACAUAUACGGCAAAGGUACAAUAUCAGAGUGUAUGUUAUUGUGCUUCAUUAACCGACUAG